CCCGAUUUGACAGCUGUCAACAUUGGCCUCCGCCAUUUUUGACGUGCUCGUAAAAAAGUAAAUUUCGGCGAGCGGAACGUUUUCCAGCUUUCCCGGUACAAUUCCUUCGUUUUUCGUUGUUAAACUAGCUGUUGAGUAAAGUUCACGACGAUGCCGGCGCUCGACGAAAUUAAAUCCUCCUGGGCCGAUGAGGUCGAGCUGGACUCGGGAUCGCUGCCGCCGCCGACGGAGAUCGUCGAGAACGGACAGAAGGUCGUCACCGAGUACAAGUACAACAAGGACGACAAAAAGGUGAAAGUGGUCCGGACGUACAAGAUUACGCGGCUCGUCGUGCCGAAGAGUGUGGCCAAGCGCAAGAACUGGGCCAAGUUUGGCGACUCGGCUGGCGACAAGCCGGGGCCGAACCCGCAGACAACGUUCGUAUCGGAAGACAUUUACAUGCAGUUUGUGAGCAACAAGGAGGAGGAGCAAAAGUCCGACAACGCGCUGGACUCGCUGAAGAACAUUGCCAAGUGUCGUAUCUGCGAGGGCGAGCAUUGGUCCGUGCAGUGUCCGUACAAGGGCACGUCGUACGAGGCGGGCAAGGCCAAACCGGUGCCGGCGGCUCAACCGGAGUCGUCGAGCGCGCCGAUCAAGAGUGGCAAGUACGUGCCGCCAAGCAUGCGCGACAGCCAGAAGGCGGCGCUGGGUGCGAACCCGCGCGGCCGCGACGACACCACGGCGAUCCGCAUCUCCAACUUGUCCGAGGCGAUGACCGAGGCCGAUCUGGAGGAGCUGGUGAAGAAGAUUGGGCCGCACAGCAAGAUGUUCCUGGCCCGCGACAAGAACACCGGCCUGUGCAAGGGUUUCGCGUACGUGCACUUCAAGUCCCGCCGCGACGCCGCCACCGCCAUCGAGCUGCUCAACGGACACGGCUACGACCAUCUGAUUUUGAACGUGGAAUGGUCCAAGCCGCAGAAUCCGCAGUAAACGGGGAGCGCACAAGGGGACGGUUCUUUUUUCUUUAGUGUAAGUGGAUUGCGUUGAGUAAACAGUGGAUGAUGGAGGGAAAUAAAAGGAGAGAGCGUGGGAGUGAUGACCCGUAAAACUUG